ACAAUGCAUGGCCAAGAGUCGACGGAUCGCGCUCUACUGGGAAUUGGAAGCAGAGGAACACAGGUUCUGGGUAAGGGAAUUCAUGGACGAGAUGCUUGCUCUUGACACAUAUUAUCGCAUCACUCUUUGCUACACUAGCAUGGGCCCCGAAAGCAUUAUUCAGACAGAGCUCUCAAUACGCAAAGGGAGGACUCUCGUCUCUCGUAUGCUCACAAAUUCCACAAAUCCCCCGAGCCGUUUUGAGAGGGAACGUUUGGGCCGGCGACGUCGACGUGAAAAUGUUGGACUUCCAGCCGUGGUCAUCUUAACACACGUGUGUGUGUGUG